AUGUCGUCGUCGAAGCGGUGGACGUCCGCCUCCGGCACCGAGCUGCCGGGCCGGUUGUCGCCGCUCCCCGCCUCCGCGCUCUCGCCAGUCCGCCAGAGUGCUUGGCGCUCAGUCUCCCGAUCGGAACCAGCCACAACAACAUCCCCCGUCGCCGUCUCGAUCGCUCGCACGCUCUGGCCAUCCUCCUCCACCGGCAGCAAGAAUGGCAAGAGCAAGGCCCCGCCUGCACCGCCGUCUCCCUUGUCCUCUGCGCCACCACCGCCGCCGUCCACGUCCGUGGCCACGCUCGCGGACCACCUUGUCAGAGAUGACGCGCCACGGGCUCUCUCCCGACAGCGCAGCUGCACCGAGCUCCCGCGCUUCGCCGACGCGGACGCGGAGACCAGGAAGAUCGGGAAGCCGUCGGGGACGAAGGGCGGCGCCGGCCACGCGUUCGGCCGCUCCAUGCGCUUCCUCCCGUCCACGAGGCCUGCGGGCGUGACGCUCACGCCGGGCCGCGUCGCGCCGUCAGACCUCCGCAGGCUCGCCAACGCAGCGUCCCUGGACGACGCCGCCGACGUCGCCAGCUCCGGCUCGGAGUGCAGCGACGCCUCCAGGGGCUCCGCCACCACCACGCCGAGGACGGCCUCCACCAAGCCGCACUCUCCGUUGCUCCCGCGCACGGGCUCCGUCCGCCUGCUCGGGUCGAGCAACACGCAGUGGGCGCUCUCGCCAGGGCGGCGCAGCGGCUCGCCGCCGCUCAAGGCGAUGACGGCGGUGGCCACGGUGCCGGAGAGCAAAGGCAAGAAGAGCCUGAUCAGCCUCGGGUGGGGCCACAUCUUCCACCGGAGGAAGCACACGGCCGAGGACGCGUCCAUCGCCGCCGUCACGGCCACCUUGCUGUCCUCGCCGGUGCCGUCGCGCAGCAGCGCAGGCGGCGGGGAGGCCGGCCACCACAUGAGGAUGGCGCAUUGCCGGCUCCUGCAGUGGCGCUUCGCCAACGCUAAGGCGGACGCCGUCCGCAAGAGGAAGAUGGCCAGCGCCGAGCUGGACUUGAUGGGUACAUGGGCAAGGGUGUCGGAGAUGAGAGGGAAGGUGGCCAGGAAGCGAGUGCAGCUUGAGAAGGAGAAGCAGAAGAUUAAACUAAACACCGUGCUGUCUUUCCAGAUGAAAGAUUUGGAGAGCUGGGGGCAGCUGCAAACCGGACAUGACUCCGCCCUGGCCUCAACAGUGGACUGCACCCAGGCAGCCGUUUGCAGGCUUCCUCUCACCAAUGGUGCCAAGGUAUCCCUAGCACCAUUGGCGACUGUUCUGCACCAAGCUCUGGAGCUCACGUUGACAGCCAAGGCAAUGACGAGAUCACUCAGUCCGAUGGCUCAGGAAACAGCGUUACUGAUCUCGAAGCUGGUGCGUGUGGCAAGAGAAGAGCAGGCUAUGUUGCAGGAGUGUGUCGAGCUGCUUAGGCUGGUCUCUGCACUGCAGGUGGAGGAACAGAGCUUGCGCAGCCAUCUAGUGCAGUCGGCAUCGCUUAGUGCUGUGAUCGUGAAGUAG